GGCAAGCUCUCAAGUACACCGGCUGCACGGGAGGUCCUCUUCUUCUUAGUCACGAGGCGUUGCUCAAGAUUCCUGUGUCUAUAUAAGCUCGAGACUUCAGCUGCCUUGCGCUAUUCCACAACCCGACGCUGACAAACAUGAUCCUUCGAGUGCUUGCGGCGAGCGCCCUUCUGGUCGUCUGUGCGGGCCAGGGAUGCGAAACGACCGACCUUGUGUGCAAGAACUGGUCCCCUGCAGGACCCGUUACGGUCAACCAUCCCUGUCCAGCUGACUGCAGUACCAAGGACAAUCCUUCUGCCUCUUGCUACAUCCAGAACGACUGUGACUGCACAUCCUACUUUAUCUGCCAGGAUGAUGUGUAUACCCUAACAUGCUGCGAAAGAGGCUUGUACUGGGACAUGGAGAUUCGCAUAUGCGAUGAUUUGGAACAUGCAAACUGUGACAGCCGUCCAUACGAGACGUUGCCGCCCACCACCGCCACAGUACCUAGUACCACAGAUUCAACCGCAAGUGAACCUGUUACACCUGUUACUAUGACCACGGAACCUCCAACUCCCCCGCCUGCGAUCGAGGAACAGUGCUCUUCUCUUAGCCUCGAUGAUGUGCUUUAUUUGCCCAACGAAGCCGAUUGUCAUAUGUAUUACAAGUGUUCCAUGGAUUACAAGCGGUGAAGCUUGGUCAUUGAAACGAUGAAGUGUAAUGGAGAGCAGGUGUUCUACCCUAUAGAAUCACGGUGUGUCGACCCUUGGUUCUACCCGUGUGACACUCUCUGAGGCUUUCAACUAUUAUUUUUUAAUUAACAUCACAAUGUUCCUGCUGCAAUCCGUUGCUGUGACCCUUGAGUAUAGAAAGAAGUAAAGAUAAUACAAGAU